AUGAGCACAGGACUUCCAUACCGAUCUGACAGUGAGCAGCAGCCCACGCUUCCCGAACCGGCUCCUGAGUCGCAGAGUCAACGGGUUUCCCAAAUUUCUGUCGACGUGCCGAGCGCUCCGCAGAUGGAUGAAACGCCUGUCGAGCCAUUCAACUUCACAACAGGGCAUCUCUACUCCCUUGUGCGGCGUUACGUUACGCGGACAAAGUACGAAGAGCUCGAGUUGCUGAAUGCUUACGGCGGAGUUGAGGCCUUUGAACCAGGCCUCGUUACCAGCUUCCAACACGGUUUAGACGUUUCGGAAGCUGCGGUCAAGCCGGUGUCUCCUAAGGCAGAAUUCAAGCCUAUGUCCCCUCGAGCGGCUCCACCGAUGGAUGAGGCUCAAGAACUCCUCCAGAAACGGAAGGGAGCAUUUGGCGUCAAUAUCCUCCCCCAAAGGCGGCCUACUCCCUUCUGGCGGCUCUGCGUUGAAGCCGGUUCGGAUUUUACGUUGCGGAUUCUAACGCUUUGUGGACUCAUUUCAAUUGUCUUAGGUGUCACGCUCGGCGAACACCCUGAAGUCGAGUGGAUUGAGGGCUUCGCCAUUUGGGUCGCCGUCGUUGUCGUCAUCGCCGUCACCGCUACCAACGACUGGGUCAAAGAAAAACAGUUCCGGAAACUUGGAAAAGUGAAAGAUGACAGACUCUGCCGCGUGGUGCGGGCUGGGAAAGAACGGCAAACGCCUGUGGCCACGCUGCUGGUCGGCGACAUUGUUCGCUUGGAAAUGGGAGACGAAGUGCCUGCAGAUUGUCUGCUGGUGGCUGGAGUCGAGGUCCGCGCCGACGAGUCGGCGCUCACGGGCGAGUCUGAGGCGAUUUCCAAGGAGCCGCCCAAGGAGUGCUGGGCAGCGGUCGAGCGCUUGCGCGGGGCCUCGCCAUGUGACCGCGCUGGUGCGGGAAAAGAAUCUCGAGCGGGAGAAAAAGGGCCGGGGAGCGAGAGAGAGGCGCGGAGGGGGACGGUCGGCGAGGACGCCCAAGACGGCCAACCAGAGAACCAAGGCGCAGGAGACAUCAGAGAAGACCACGCGACGGAGGAGCCUGCGGAGUCGCUGCCUGCGUCGCCGACGCCUCGCGCGUCCUCUGCUUCUUCGGACAGGCAGCGCGCGAGUUUUUUGCGGAGAACCACACGCACCUCGUCUUCGCUCCUGCGAGGCCGAAGAGAGUGCGCAGAACAGGCGCCGAGUGCGACGGCCGCGGACCACCACGCCGUUCCUUCGCCGAUUCUCCUCGCUGGCACCGCUAUCGUCGGCGGGAGCGGCCGAGCGCUCGUGCUCGCAGUCGGCACGCACUCGCAACAGGGAGAAAUGUACAAGCAACUCACGGCGUUCGACGCGCAGCCGACGCCGCUGCAAAAUAAGUUGAAUGCUCUGGCAAGAGAUAUCGGAAGGAUUGGUUUCAUGGCCGCCUGCCUGACGCUUUUCGUCCUCUUUCUCCAGUACUGGAUUUUGUACGGUCUUCUCGCGAAAGACGCGCGGCCGUCUGCAGGCGCCAUCGGCCGCGAGCACGUGGACUUCCUGGUCACUGCGAUCACCAUUCUCGUGGUAGCAGUGCCAGAGGGCCUUCCUCUAGCGGUGACGAUUUCCCUCGCCUACUCCAUCGGGAAGAUGCUGAAGGACCAGAACUACGUGCGGCGCCUGGCGGCCUGCGAAACCAUGGGCGGGGCAAACGAGAUCUGCAGCGACAAAACCGGGACGUUGACGAGAAACAUGAUGAGUGUCGAGGCUGCGUGGAACGGGACAGACCUCACCUACCGAGACGACGAGUUGUGGAAGACGUGGAAAAAACGCGGAAGAGAGAUCGGCCAGCGCGGCCUCCUCCUUACGAGCGACGCCCGCAAAGUGCAGAACAGAGCGCGACCGCUCACUCCCCACCAAAACCCGAACGAGAAGGGAAUGGAAAGCGCGACAGAAGACGGCAGAAGCAAACCCGCAGAGCCUGGGCCCGCACGCGGCUCCUGCUUUCCUACAAAACACCUCCAGAUCUUGAUGGACAACAUCGCGUUAAACAGCACGAGCGUUCUGGAGAGAGAAACGCGGUCGACUGUCGACUCCUCCGUGAGGAGUAGAUUGAUUUCUAUGGCGAGCAACAACGUCGCCAAAACGACUGCCGAUGUCACCAAGCAAGUUGGAUCCCCGACGGAAUGCGCCCUCCUGGAGUUUGCUGGCGAGAUGGGCUUCGACUACGAACGCAUAAGAGACGAAAAAAUUCUCGAAGAUGCAGACUUGGUCCAUCGCGAACCGUUUACCAGCGACAGGAAAAUCAUGACGACGGUCGUGCACGCGUGGGACGAAUCAGCCGAGGCGCAUUCGCCGAGUUCGAGUUCCUCUUCCUGUUCCCCAAGCGCGUCUUCUGCAACCCAAGAUUCUUCCUCUUCUUCUUCGUCGUCUUCUGCUCUUCCUUCUCUAGCGCGGCUUCCUUCUUCUCGCCGGCGCACGCUGCGCGUCUUCGUGAAGGGCGCAGCAGAGACGGUGUUAAAGCUGUGCACGCAUGUGAUUGUUCCACUUCCCGAGGACGCACCAGACGGCGCGGAUCGAGGGAUACCAUGCGUGGCGGCGCGCGACGUAGCCCCUCUGGAUGCAGAGAAAAUCAUCGCAAUUGAGCGCGAAAUCAUUCACAAACUCGCUGGCGAGGCCCUACGAACGAUUUGCCUCGCCUACCGGGACAUCCCCGUAGAAGAAGGCGACACAACCUGGCUCCAGGACAGCGAAAUCCGACCCUUCAAAAAAAUGGAAACCGGCCUCACGUGCCUCGCCAUCGUCGGAAUCAGGGACCCUGUUCGCCCUGAAGUCCCUGCGGCAGUCUGUGCGUGUCAGAAUGCGGGCAUCAAAGUGAGGAUGGUCACGGGAGAUAACAUCGAAACGGCGAAGCAGAUUGCCAUCAAAUGCAACAUUUACCACCCCGAGAAAAAGGGAUUGGCGAUGACAGGCCCCGAAUUUAAUGCGCUGGUGGGCGGCGUCGUUUGCAGCGCGUGCCGGACGGCCGUCUGCGAUUGCCCGCGGGAUCCCACCGAAGAGAAAAGGACCGGCAAGAAGAUGCGCAUCGACGUGAUCGCCUUCCCCGAAGCAUUCAACGAAAUUGCUGACAAUCUCGAGGUGCUCGCCCGGUCUCAGCCUAUGGACAAAUACGCCCUCGUUGUAGGACUGAAGGAACUGCGAGGGACAGUUGUCGCAGUGACUGGCGACGGCGCGAACGACGCACCUGCUCUCAAGAAAGCCGAUGUGGGUUUUGCGAUGGGACUCUCAGGAAAAGAAGUUGCGAAGCAGGCAGCCGAUAUCGUCCUCCUCGACGACAACUUUGGCAGCAUUGUGAAGGCGGUGAAGUGGGGAAGAAAUGUGUACGACAACAUUCGAAGGUUCCUUCAGUUUCAACUAACCGUUAACGUCGUCGCUGUCGUUACAGCUUUCCUAACAGCGACGAUGAUCCGCGAAAGUCCGUUGACAGCCGUGCAAAUGCUGUGGGUGAAUUUGAUCAUGGAUUCGUUCGCGUCGCUCGCGCUCGCCACCGAGCCUCCGACUGACGAGUUGCUAAACCGAAAACCUCACAGCCGGAAUGAUUACCUCAUCAGCAAGGCAAGCGCGACUACCGAGAAAACCCCUUUGUCCCCCUUCUGUGACACAAACACCCAGACCUGGGGCGCCCUCCGGAGAAGGGGGGGAGGCUCCUGUCUCUUUCCUUUGCUCGGCGCGAUCGCGCAGAUCAUGUUCAGAAACAUCGUGGGACAAGCUGUCUACCAACUGACCGUCAUGUUUCUGCUGAUUUUUGGAGCUGACCGAUUCGUCCCCGAAAACCCCUGGGUUUACCUCUCUGCCGAAACUCGUCAGGAAUUUCCGGAAUUUUGCGAGUUCAGCGACUGCACGCCAGAUGCGACUGGUCACGCCUCGGGAACGCUCUUGAGGUCGGGGCGUCGCUACUUUCUCUUUUCGAAUGAAGAAGAUUACGCGAACCGGUGGCGAGUCGACUUGGGCGCGUCCAGACACUACACGCUGGUGUUCAAUGUCUUUGUGUUUAUGCAAAUCUUCAACAUGAUCAAUGCUCGCAAGAUCAACGACGAAUGGAACGUCCUCUCUGGGGUCCUCCGAAACAAAAUGUGGAUCUUCAUCGCCUUUUUCAUCUUCACCGUCCAGGUUCUCGUCGUGGAAUUCGGCGGCCUCGCCCUGAGCUGCCACAAGCAGGGACUGACGGCGGUUCAAUGGGGAAUUUCCAUCGCCUUUGGCGCCGGCAGUGUCUUGGUGGGAUUUCUCCUUCACCUCAUCCCCUACACCUUUUUGCCAGAGACAGGAAAGAAGGAAGUCGAUUUACUUCACGAAGGCCCCUCCCUUGCUCUCGCAUCUCGAGGAAGGCUUUCUUCCGAGCGCUUGUCAGUUCGCCUAGGUGGUGGCUUAGGCAUGACAUCUGAACAAAAGCGCGCUCUAAUCGAACGUGUCGCCGGAAACGGAAGCACCUCUUUUGGUGGCGCAGGCCGCUCUUUCAAACCCGUGAACUCCGCGGUUAACCGGUCCACUAUCAAACCUCCGAAGCCGAUAUUACGUCAGACCGCCACGAUCGUUUAG